AUGAUAGUUUGUGUCCAUCUACCUGAGCUCAAAAUUCAUUUUUACCACAAAGAGGUUCUAACUAGCCUGGGGAAUCUGAUCGCACGCACGAUCAAACUGGAUUACCACACCCUUACUCAACAAAGGGCGAAGUUCGUUCGUCUCGCUGUAGAAGUGGAUAUCUCCAAGCCUCUUGUUCCAAGAAUAUGGUUAGAUGAUGAUUGGCAGCCGGUUGUUUAUGAGAAUCUACCUGUCGUUUGUUUCGAAUGCGGGAAGAUCAGCCAUGCUUCUACUGCUUGCCCCCUGCUCCGACCAGUGUCGGUCCCGGAGUUAAUUGGGUCCGCCGGCGGGGAUAAGCAAGACCUCUCUCCGGAGGGGACGUCGGAGACUAAUGCAGGUUUCGGGCCAUGGAUGCUAGUCUCGCGUAAAGGACGGCGGAAUCAGCGGGAGCCAAUUAACAAAGGAAAGCAAAGAGAUUCGGGGGCCACAAUUCAGGCGAUCAUCCCCAAAAAUGGAAAGAAUGGAACGAAAAGUAAAGAGCCGAGGGAUUCCUUACCUUUUCUGGACCAACAAAGCUCGCCUCCUCGCCAACGGUCUUCGGGUCAAGAAAGGAAAGGGAAUGGAGAAAUUCAAAAUGGGACGGAGAAAAGGAAUGGUAAAGGCAUUAUGAGGGAGGAGGAGCCACCAGCAAGAAAGGGGCUUCUUGGACCAGGCCCAUCGGUGGGACCUGUGACUAAAAAAGGGCUCAAGCCCAAAUCGGAUGCUCUGAAGGCGUCCACGUCGGUUAUGCAUUCUGAAUCUCCCCUGAUUCCGACUAGUGGGCCUAAUGGAGCCACUAUAGCUGGGCCUCAGGCCCAAGGUGCCAAACCCUCCACCUCCUUCACCCCUCCCCCAACUUUGGUGACCAGGGGCCUAAAUGGGACAGUGAUGGAAGUGGUGCAAGUUCCUCCGCAAAAUGAAGCGUCUCCCCGUCGGGCAGACCAUGCCUCUCCGUCAACAGCGAACAGGACGAAGGGAAGGAAGAAUUCAAAGGGGCGAAUGAAGAAAGGGUCUCCUGCGAAGCUCAACCCUAUCCGUCCGCUGCAGCUGUGGUCGCCGAUGAAAGAGAAGAAGUCAAAAUCGAGGACCCGGAUGGCCUCGCUCACUCUUGAGGAGAUAUCUCCCUGGACGGAGGCGGCACAUCUUCCUAUGAAAACCCCGACGGUGAAGGAUUCUGUGGACGCCUUGGUCCUGGAUAUGAGCCACGGAGAACCAACUGGAGAGCCGUCUCUCCCAGCGGUCUAA